AACGAUUCCCAGCCCCGAGCGCGAAGAGCCUGCGAGCGAUCCCCGUCGUCUGGCCACGAGCUGACUCUGCACUUCCACAGCACCAUGUCUCUCCUGGCGUCUGUCCGAGCCAUUGCAUCGAACCUGGGAAGCUUCAAAACGGCUUUCCAGUCACGGAUCUACUCGUCUGUCUCGGCUGCCGGACACAGCACCCUCUAUGCUGGCGAAUAUGAGUUCAAGUCGGCCUCGGGAUCGGAUGUGCCGAUUCAUCUGUAUCCGCUGACACCUGUUGUGAAGCUGCAAGACGACUCCAAGAUUCCCUUUGAUCAAGUGCCGCAGUUCACCGAUCGUGAAAACGAGUGGUGGAAAGCGAAAUAUGUGCACGCCUGGCUGCGAUCGUUCUCGACAGGCGAGUACGCGGGAUUGGUGGAGCUCGACCGAUCCGUCUUUGGCUCCACUGUCCGUCAGGACCUGCUUCGUCGGGGACUUCGAUACGAAGAGGCAUGGAUGAAGCAGGGAACGGAGAGCACCAAGGCCCUCGGCCAGGUCCGUGGCACAACGAAGAAGGCAUAUGCACAAAAGGGCCGCGGCAAGGCGAGAGUUGGCACUCUGCGAGCCCCGCAGUUCCGAGGAGGCUACAAUGUCCACGGUCCCCGCCCGCACCUGAAAACUCACGACAUCAACCGCAAGGUUUACGAUGCAUGCAUCCGAACGGGCCUGUCCACCAAGUUUGCACAGGACCAGAUCACCAUCGUCGACAGCCUGGCGCUUGCCGAGGAGGGCAAGGAGGAGCUGCGACAGCGCCUGGAGAACCUGAAUAUGAUGGGCAAGCGCUGCUACGUUCUGUACGGCAGCGAAGAUCCCACCGAGAUCCAGAACUUGAUCUCGGUCGCAGACUCGUUCGAGCGGCUGCGUCGAAGCGAAGAGCUGCCCCAUGGCGAGCGGCCCGUCGUCGUGGCAUGGGCCCGCAAUGUCAGUCUGACCCCCAUGAUGGACUUUGAGCAUCUGAUAAUCGACAAGGCUGCCGUCGAAGUUCUCGAGGAAAUGUACCGAGUCGACUAGGUUGUCGAGCCGGCUGAGGGAUCCUGGAAACAACGGCCGAGUCUCGCAGCGAUGAGCGACGCAUGUAAAACAGGAGCCGCCCUGGUGGUGCGGUGCAAAUACAUUCACAUCAAACACCGAA